AUGGUAUCUCUCAACCAUCAGAUACCAGAACCAUUUGCAGGUACAACUUACAAUUGGGGUUCCAUUGAGGCAAUGGAUUUAGUUGAGGAUCUUAGUCACCCUGAGACAACACUUAGUCCCAUUGUGGAAAUGGCACAUGUUCAUCGUCCAAUCCCAACCGAGAAUGGCAUGAAUUCAUGCGUAUUCCUCUUGUCCCCGCGAACUAGUAUGAGUCCGAAGCCAGGGGGAGAUGAAGGAUGGAUUAUAUGUACAUCAAAAUUGGUACAGAGAUCCAAUGGAAAGGUGGUGUGGGGAUCAGGAAUAACAGAAUUUUGUGUCAACGGGUUAUUUAUGUGGUGGGCAAGAAAGAAACCUACAUAUCCUUGUCAAUUUCAUCAGAUAUGUAUACAAUCUCACCAUGAACAAUACUCUGGCUGUUCACCUGAAGAAGACUUACUGAAAAGAGUCAACAUGCAAGAUCUCGAAGACUUCUUUGGCAGGUCUCAUCCUGCGUACCGACCCACCACUCAAUCCUGGGCGUCGUUCAUGGUUCGCGGAUCGAUGUCUCCUAUGGCACCCUCGAAGGGACCUCUGCCGUACACUUCCUCCUUGCAUGGGUUCAUUCCCGCUACUUCGGAACGGAUGAGCUCCUCUCGCGGUCGGAUGCUUCCUGUUCCAUCGCCGUACUAUUCUCACCAAGCAAAGCACGGCAUGCUUCCGAAUGUCUUCACUGCUCAUGAUCUGAAUCGGGAAUCAACAUCAGCUAGGAUGAUACCUUUCUAUGUGCGUCCCCUCAAAGAGUCAGUGCAUCUCCAUAAAAACGAGAAGACUGGAGCACCCCAAGACUCUGCCAAGCUUGAGAAAAGCUCGAUCCAAGAUGCAGAACAAGCGAUAAUCAAUAUUCGCAGAAUAAUCGAUGUCCGAAAGCUCAUCGCUUCUCCUCCGUGGUUCACCCCCCUCGGCUCGGUAGAGGAUCCCAAUGCUAUCAAGUCAGACAAUGUACACAACUGGGAAACGGACUUACCUCCUCUGACACCCUCUUUCCCAGCUUGGAAUCUCCGCAUCCCACCGCCAGGCUUGACAGGGCCUAUCGAGAAUUACAUGAACAAGCAAGAUGUUCUGCCCGAACCAGAGACCCGGCACUUUGGAGGAGUGGGGCAGAUGGGUUUGUUACCUGUAUGGAAUACACCUUCUCCUUUGCCCGCUGGUGAUUGGCGUUGUCCAAGAGAUGGAUGUGGUUAUGCAAAUUUCGGUCGGAACAAGAGUUGUCGUCGAUGUACGGAAGCAAGACCAGUCGGUAUCCCUCCUCCUCUUGGUGUAGAUGGAGAUUGGGUUUGUCCCAUUUGCGGAUUUACUAACUGGCGUCGUCGAAAGGUUUGCCUAAAAUGUCAUCCGGAACAUGAGUCAUGUCAAAAUGGUGUCAAGAUUCCCUCGCUGGGUGAUCUAGGAUCGUCUCAGGGACACUCCGGAUCGUUCGCUUGGAUACCGGUACCUCCGGACUGA